AGCUGUUGCAUGGAGAAGCUGGUGAUUUUCCACUCAAACUGAAAUUAAACAAUGGUCUCAUGAAAAAUAGAUUCAGUUGUUUCACUGAACUGCACGACAAGGAACAACAAGCUGCUUAGUAAGAGGACAGCAUGGCACAAAAAGAGAAGCUCCAAUGCUUGAAGGACUUUCACAAGGACACCCUGAAACCUUCGCCAGGGAAGAGCCCCGGCACGCGGCCCGAGGAUGAGGCUGAAGGCAAGGCUCCUCAGAGGGAGAAGUGGGCCAGUAAGCUCGACUUUGUCCUGUCUGUGGCCGGAGGCUUCGUCGGAUUAGGAAACGUCUGGCGCUUUCCUUAUCUUUGUUAUAAAAAUGGUGGAGGUGCGUUUCUCAUCCCAUACUUCAUCUUCCUGUUCGGGGGUGGCCUGCCGGUGUUCUUCCUGGAAGUCGCACUGGGCCAGUACACCUCCGAGGGAGGGAUCACCUGCUGGGGCAAGCUCUGCCCCAUAUUCACCGGUAUUGGCUACGCCUCUAUCGUGAUCGUAUCUCUACUGAACAUCUACUACAUCGUGAUUCUGGCCUGGGGACUCUACUACCUGUUUCAGUGCUUUCAGCCUGAGCUCCCCUGGGCAAAAUGCAAGCAGCCCUGGAACACAGAGUACUGUAUAGAGGACACAGUCCGGAAGAACAAGACCCUUUGGCUGGCAGCCAAUAUUACCAACUUUACCUCCCCAGUCACCGAGUUCUGGGAACGCAACGUCCUGAGCAUCUCCACUGGGAUCGAGGACAUAGGGCCCCUGAAGUGGGACUUAGCCCUGUGUCUCCUUGCUGUGUGGGUUAUCUGCUUUUUCUGCAUCUGGAAGGGAGUCAAGUCCACUGGGAAAGUGGUGUACAUAACAGCAACUUUUCCAUUUGUGAUGCUGAUCGUACUGCUGGUACGUGGCGUCACUCUGCCAGGCGCUUCUGAAGGGAUCAAAUUUUACCUUUACCCUGACCUGACCCGCCUGCAGGAUCCAGAGGUGUGGAUUGACGCAGGAACCCAGAUUUUCUUCUCCUAUGCCAUUUGCCUGGGCGCCAUGACGUCACUGGGGAGCUACAACAAAUACAAAUACAACUGCUACAGGGACUGUUUGCUGCUGGGAGGCCUCAACAGCGGUACCAGUUUUGUGUCUGGCUUCGCAAUAUUUUCCGUCCUGGGCUUCAUGGCACAAGAACAAGGGGUGGACAUUGCCGAUGUGGCAGAGUCAGGUCCCGGCUUGGCCUUCAUCGCCUACCCUAAAGCUGUGUCCAUGAUGCCGCUGCCAACCCUGUGGGCCAUCCUCUUCUUUAUCAUGCUGCUGCUUCUGGGCCUCGACAGCCAGUUUGUUGAAGUGGAAGGACAGAUCACCUCCAUUGUGGAUCUGUAUCCAGACCUCCUCAGGAAAGGUUACCGGCGCGAGAUCUUCAUAGCUGUGAUGUGUUUCAUGAGCUAUCUCCUGGGACUCGCCAUGGUAACGAAAGGUGGCAUGUACGUGUUUCAACUCUUCGACUACUAUGCAGCCAGUGGUGUGUGCCUUUUGUGGGUUGCAUUCUUUGAAUGCAUUGCUGUAGCCUGGGUUUAUGGAGUUGAUAAAUUCUAUGACGCAAUUGAAGAUAUGAUUGGCUACAGACCAAACCCAUGGAUGAAAUGGAGCUGGACCAUAAUCACUCCUGUCCUCUGCAUGGGCUGUUUUGUCUUCUCCCUGGUGAAGUACAAGCCCUUGACCUACAACAAGGUGUAUGAGUACCCUGACUGGGCCAUCGGUCUGGGCUGGUGUUUGGCCCUGGCCUCCAUGAUCUGCAUCCCAAUGGUGAUGGUCAUCAAGAUCUUACAGUCUGAGGGACCUCUGAUUGAGAGGAUCAAAGCGGUGGCAGCCCCAGCGAAGUCAGGCGUGAGCUCUCGCCCGAAAGAGUACAACUUGAAGGGCAGCGAGCUGACACAGCCCCUGGACCCAAACGGGAACAAUGGCUUGAUCAAGCCCACCCACACCAUUGUAGAAACAAUGAUGUGAGCGCUCUCUGUGAGAGGAAUAAGAUUGAUGUGCUUUCUGUGUUAUUAUCAUAUUUGCUAAUUUUGAUAAUGGUAGGUUUACAUUGUCCAAUAUAUUCACGUUAGAGAUACUCUGGUUUGAUUUCUAUGAAGAGAGUUAUAUAUUAUUGUUGUAAUUUUUUUUUUCUCUUGUUUUCCUUUUUUUUUUCUUUUUUUUUUCCUUUUUUACUAUAUUGAUAUUGUUGAUGUUACAAUUGUUGUUGCUGUAGUUGGCACUGAUAUCAGUUUAGGCAGUAUUUUAAAAUAGAAUAUUUCAAUGUUUACUACCUUUCUGUUGAUUCCGGAGGGAUGAGGAAUUUGCUUUUAUUGGUGUUAAUAGAAAAAAAAAAAGAGAAAAUUCUCCCUUCUCAUAAAUUCAGCAAACUAAAUGGGUAACUAACCGUGGAAAAAGGUAGAAAACGUCUAAAGACCCUCAUGUGAUUGUGGCAGUGUUGUUGCCCCAGCUAAUUUCUAAUCUCUUGUUUUUCAUCCCACAAUGAAAAUGAAUGUACCUCCGCGAGCGGCGGAAGCGAAGCCACGUACAUGUCUCAGAGUACAUAUCCAUAACAUGUCGAGUGGCGAUAUGCAGUGUAUAGAUUUAAUUUUGCUUAACAUCCUUUACGUUACAAGUUGAACAAGGCCUUGGCCAAAUACUGUGAGAAAUGCAUUCAUAAGAAUAUCCAUCCUGAAAAACAGUUGAAACAAAAUAAUAAAAGAGAAAAAAACAGCUACGGAAGAAAAAGUAAGGAGAAAAGGGAAGUGGCAUUUUUAAAGUAUUUGUACACUGCCUGUGUGACUACAAUAGUCAGUCCCAGUGCAUUUAUUGAAACCUCUCUUUGCACUUUAUAUGUCGUUUCACCUUUAUUGUAGUAUUUGUUUUUAUUGUUGCAAGGUAUUGCAGUUACAUUUGCAACACAUUUCAGGAGGAAAUAUUUUUAGCUUCUAACUUUUUGAUAUUGUAAACUUUGAUAUACAGUAUCUAGUUGUCUCUUGGCUAGAAAAAAAAUGACAAAAUAGAGUAGAAAUCUGACAUCAAAUAUUCAGAUUUAUAAUUACUUAUCGGAUCUGUGAGAACAUCACUUACAAAGUAAAACCAUCACUGACAGCUCUCUCCAUUGUGCUCAUUUCAGUAGCAGGCGUGCUCUGCAGAACUACCACUGGAUUCUAGCUUCUAAUGUUCAGUUAUAUUUGUAUUGUAGAAUUUGAAAUGUUUGUAAAUCACAUAUGCCUUUUUGUAACAAUUUUAUACUGUACAUCAUCUGAACACCAUCACUGAUUCUUUAUUUUGCUGAAAGCUCACCAACGUGUUUUCUAAAUAUCAGAUAUCGUGAGCCUGGAUUACAUCUGUCAGUGUGCAAUACUCAGUGAAGCAGUGGGAUUCUCUGCUCAUUCAAAAUGCAUGAUGAUUAUAAUGAAACAACUUGCACAACUAAAUGGAAAAAAAAUCUGAAGGAAGCACGUGCAGAAGCCAACACAGUACCGUGUCACUUUCUCCAUGAAAAUCUUGUGCUACUCAGAAAUUCAACUGUACCAAAGUAUUUUUGUCUCACAGUUUUCCCCUUUGAGAUGCACAUUGCAUCAUUUCUAUAUAGAUUAAAUAAACAUCUUUUUCUUUGGAUUUA